CCUUUGGCCCCAAUCAAAUCCAAAGGUAAACCUGGAAACCAAGCACCUGCAUCUCCCAUUUCCCGUUUCCAGUCUCCCCCAAACGAAAUACAACCUCUCCCGUAAUAACACUAUAAGACACCAAUCCAUCAACCACACAAUUUGAAGCUCCAUCAUCAAUCUUCAAUUCAUUCUACUUUCAUUAUCUUAACAGUCUAUCAUUCCUGUUCUCCUUUUAAAUUAGAAAUCCGUCGUCAUGGCCACCUACUCUGAAGCUUGCCCGGUCUACGCGCCCUUCUUCGGCGCCAUGGGAUGCACAGCAGCCAUUGUCUUCACCUGCUUAGGUGCUUCCUACGGAACCGCCAAGUCCGGUGUUGGUAUCGCCGCCAUGGGUGUUCUGAGACCUGAUUUGAUCGUGAAGAACAUCGUCCCCGUCAUUAUGGCUGGUAUCAUUGGUAUCUACGGCCUUGUCGUUUCCGUCUUGAUCUCCGACGGGUUGACCCAACAGCUUCCUCUCUACACGGGGUUUAUUCAACUCGGUGCGGGUCUUUCGGUGGGUCUGGCUGGUCUGGCUGCUGGUUUCGCCAUUGGUAUCGUUGGUGAUGCAGGUGUACGAGGAACCGCUCAACAGCCUAGACUUUUCGUCGGCAUGAUUCUUAUCCUCAUUUUCGCCGAAGUCCUGGGUCUCUACGGUCUCAUCGUCGCUCUCCUUAUGAACUCCAAGGCUAGUGUCGAUGUCAGUUGCUAGAGGAACAGCACUGAAAACGCGACUACCUUCUAUUCGAUACAACAGCCUGCGUUGGUGUAAGGGUGGACAACAAGUUGUACUUGUAUCCACGCUUUUCACCUCACAAAUUGUUAUCCUCUGCCGACGGAAUACCGCAUACAAAUUAGGUUACGGCAAAAUUGAGCCUAGCAGCCGAACCAAGUAAACAGACAAGUGCUAGGCUAUCGGGGGUGGUGGAGUGAUGGAAUGGGGUUUAUGGUAAUGACCGAGCAAGAUCUCGCAUUUGUAUUACUGUUGCUGCAUAUGUACGCUCCGAAACGGUUUCUCAUCAUAGAUUAAUGGAUGAGGAAUCUUGUACUCUAGGUUGGUAACUGGUUCUCAUGGAAAAAGUGAUUUUUUUGCCCAACUUUACAUGAUUCCGUUCAUAUUCGAGAUUUGUAACGGGACAACGACAGGGCCAGUCUUAUAAACGCCGUAACAUACCAACUUUCGAAAGGAACCACAACUAUUUUUGGCAUAGUCGAUAUCCAUAUUGCAAAGCUUAUGCCACUUUUAAUGCCAAUCAGUCAACCUAUACUUACCUGUGUAAGUAUACAUCCGAACCAGACAUCAAGCCCGGC